AUGAAGAUUCAAACUGAUGACCGCCCUGCCUCCAAGAAACGAAAAACUCGUCAUUCCUCCUCUGUUUCUCAAAAAUCUGAAGCUGAAACCACUCAACCUCCACCUGAGGAUACACCAUCACCACUUAUUCCAGAACCAACCUCUCCACUGUGUAACUCUCCUGAUACCACUCCUUCUCCUGACUCACCUGUCCCCACAACAACUCAGUCUUCAUCAAUCCACAAACUGACUCCCCUUCAUGAAGUCGGUCAUAUCCCUAAGGAUACCUUAAAAUCAACUUCUCUUCAAAAUAUGGAAGAUGAUGAGGAGUUAUACUUUGAUCUCAAUUUAUCUUAUCCUCCCUCUCCUAUGGAUGUGCCUAUGGCUUCUCCUCCAACUGUUCUUGUGGAUGAAGAUGUGCUUCCAUCACCAUAUUUUUCACAACAAAUUCCUCCUGCUGCAAACUUUGAAAAACCUGCCCAACCUCUCCCUGAGGUCACAGGUGUGUUCAGUUCCCUUGACUCCUUCUUUACUGCCACGACUCAUAACCAUUCAAAGGACAAGGCUGGGAGCUCUCAGAAUAAGAGUUCCAGUGUAAAUGAUCAGCCUAAGGGUUCGGUUCCUAGCACAAGGAUUGGGGAAAGCAAGAAUAAGAAGCAGAUGAAACUUCUCAAAUUAAUUAGGAAAUACCAGAAGAAAAUCCUUCAGCGCUUCACUCACUUUCAGAACUCUUUGGUUCAAUUUGGUCUCAUAGUUGAAUGG